UAUUCUUUAUUCAUUGUAAAAUGCAAUGAAAAAGGUAAAUUUACAAGAAUGAAUGCUACUGAAAGUAGUUGCUUUCACAUGAAUAGACUUUAAAGACCAGAUUUACUCUCUCCUUUUUCUACAAAAUAGUAAUGAAAAUCCAUGGUGCUUUAUAGCUAGAAUGCAUAUAAAGACAGGCUCUUCUUUUUAGGAAGGAAUAGGAGAAGAACGUUGAAAUUUGAUUACUUCCACCGAAAAGAAUACCAUUUUAUCUUUCUCGUAUCAUUUUAACUAUUAGCUCAUUAGCUGCAUCUGUAAUUCUCUCUUCAUCUGAAACCCUUUAUCCAUGUCAACUCUACCAGCUGCUUCUCUCUUCUUCAGCAUUCUCUUGCUUCCUGGACUCGAUAAAGUUUCUGCUGUCGACCAUGCUGCUGGCCGCACCAUCCCGACCCGUGGUACAUGUAACAACACUUGUGGUACCAUCCCGGUUAUGUUUCCUUUUGGCACUGGAUUCGGAUGUGGCCAUCCGUACUUUUCUAGAUAUGUAAAAUGCAAUGCUGGUACUCUACAAUUCUCAACCGGCGCUGGCAUUUACACUGUUUCUUCCAUCGACUACCCGACCAGUACCAUUGUGGUUGCAGACCCUCUCAUGUCGACUUGCUCUUCGAUGCAGAACUCCGGAAGCUUUAGCUUGGAUCGAACGAGCCCGUUCACUCUAACAGGUUCCAACAUCUUUGUCCUGCUUGGUUGCUCCACUACAUCUCCUGUGUUUGAUUCAAGCGAGGAUUUGUGUGAAACCGGUUCCGGUUCUCGUGUUUGUAGCGGUUUAUAUUCUUGCAAAGGAGUGAAUGGAAUUGGUUUGCCACAAAAUGCACCCUCAUCCACCUGUUGUGUUUAUGAUUCAUUCAUGGGAAUGGGAUCAGGUUACUCUUUGGAUCUUCCUAAACUCCAGUGCUCAUCGUACACAUCGAUAUACGAGUUCGGAGAUGAAGGGGAUCCCAUGAAGUGGAAAUUUGGUAUAUCUUUGCAGUAUAAUGAUUCUUACUAUACCACAGCAUGUAAGGACUGUGAAACCAGUGGAGGUUUGUGUGGAUUUGCUGGUCUUGAUGAGUCAUUUUCUUGCAUUUGCAGAGAUGGUGUGAACAGUACCACAAAUUGCUUUGGCCACGGGUAUACCUGGAGUGGGGCAUGGGAAGCCAAAAUUCAAACCAAGACUAUUAUUAGAGUGUUUUUGCUGUUGUGGAGUUUGCUACUAGUUUGAAGAAGACAGCGAUCAUCUCAUAAUGGCAGUGUGUUUUUGCUGUUGCCGGAAAGCUUCUCUAAGAAGAUCAUAUGCUGUUACGUGCAAAUUUAACCUUAUUUAUUUCACGUUUUGUCCAAA